ACCGAAUUUUGUCAUUUGGAGUCAUUGCAUUUCGAGGAUAUAAACGCCAUUGGUGGUUGGAGAAUAGACGCAUCAACAUGGCAGUGUCGCUAACGCCACCGGAUGCACGGCGAAUAUUUUUGAAAGAAUUAAAACGUCGUAUUAUUAAAGCACGCAGUGCCCAAACGGUUGGUUGGCUGGAGCAACACUUAGAGAAUGCAACCGAUUCAGUCUUGGCACAAAUCGAUGAUAAAUUGAACACGUUGAACACGUUCCUGCUAAGAAAAAAUAGCAUAUUGAUUGAUGCUCAGCAGCAGCAGGAAACCACCGUUGUAUACGCGCUGACUGGAAAUGAAGAGAGCAUCAAAAAUAUGAUCGAUGGAGAUGCUGGCGCAGCAACGCUGCGAUCCGCAAAAAUGGCAGGCAAAGCGAAUGCAAUUGCAGCUCCAUUGACAUGA